CUCUGCUGGAUUCGCUGUCGUUUCUCUUGCUGAAGUCCCUCCCCUAUUCUUAUCUAGCUAGAUAUUUUCCCACUUUAUAUUUCGUCACAACAUGGCGACGCACUCUGAUGCCAGGGUCGAUUUAAACCCAGAAAACAACCAGUUUGGUAGCACUUUCAUGGAGACAGCAGGGGUUUGCGGGAUUCAGGUGGCUGCCCAGGGGCUUUUGGGGAGCAGUGGCUCCCUCCCUGACCUGGACAGCCCCAGCUGUGAUGCACUGGAAGGCCUUGGAGAGUUGUCCAUUGCCUGCUGCAGCGAGGAGUCCAGAGGGGAGACCCCGGGGCGCGAGGACAGCCGUAUCGACCCUCCCGAUGGAGAGCUCGACCCUGACGGUGAAAAAACAAAGGAAAAGAAAGGUUUAGGCAAAGAGGUGCUGUUGCUAAUGCAAGCUCUGAAUGCGCUGGCAUCACCAGAGGAGAAACUGGCUGCCUUGUGCAAGAAAUACGCUGACCUGCUGGAGGAGAGCCGGAGCAUGCAGAAACAGAUGAAGGUGCUGCAGAAGAAGCAGUCUCAGAUUGUCAAGGAGAAGAUCCACCUGCAGGGCGAGCACAGCAAGGCCAUCUUGGCGCGCAGCAAGCUGGAGAGCCUGUGCAGGGAGCUGCAGAGACACAACAAGACACUGAAGGAGGAAAAUACCCAGAAGUCCCGGGAGUACGAGGAGAGGCGCAAGGAGGCCACGUUGCACUUUCAGAUGACGCUCAAUGAGAUUGAGGUCCAGAUGGAGCAGCACAACGUGCACAACAGCAAGCUGCGGCAGGAGAACGCCGAGCUGGCUGAGAAGCUGAAGAAGCUCAUCGAGCAGUACGAACUCAGGGAGGAGCACAUAGACAAGGUAUUCAAGCACAAGGAGCUGCAGCAGCAGCUGGUGGAUGCCAAGUUGCUGAGGACCACUGAACUGAUGAGGGAGGUGGAGGAGAAGCACCAGAGGGAAAGAGAUUUUCUCCUGAAGGAAGCUACAGAGUCCAGACACAAAUGUGAGGUGAUGAAAGCGCAGGAAUCUCAGCUCAAACAGCAGCUCUCUCUGUACAUGGACAAAUUUGAGGAGUUCCAGACUACCCUUGCUAAGAGCAAUGAGGUGUUCACUACUUUCCGGCAAGAAAUGGAGAAGAUGACGAAGAAGAUCAAGAAGCUGGAGAAGGAGACGAUGCUGUGGCGUACAAAGUGGGAGAACAACAACCAGGCCCUGCUGCAGAUGGCUGAGGAGAAAACGGUGCGGGACAAGCACUACAAGGCCCUCCAGGCAAAACUGGAGAGACUGGAAAACCUGUGCAGGGCCCUACAGAGGGAGCGCAACGAUCUCAAUCAGACGCUGGAGGGCCUGCGGGGCUCCCCCGCACAGGGGGGCGGGGUGGGGGAGGGGACUGGACCCCCUGGCCUGCAGCUGGAGGACCAGCCUGACGGGCAGUCCUCCGAAGAGGAAGGGGUGGAGUCUGACAGAGACGGGGUGGGGCUACAGCCUCCUCCCCCUGAAUCAGAGGAAGACUCUGCCUCUAAUUCUGCCCAGGUACAGCCCCUUGUCAACUGAGCCAGGCCCCAAAUGGGCUAUUGUUUGGAGGUAUAUAUAUUUUUGUGUAAUGACUAAUGAUAAAGUAAGAAGAAUACUUGCAAUAGUGAAUAUAAUACUUUGCUCUGUACAUGGUAAAUAUAUAGCUUUGUGGUGAGGAUUUCAUUCUCCCGUUUUCUACAUCUGUAUUUUCUUAGGAAACUUCAUGUGGUGAAGGGCAGCUGUGAUGCUUUAGCUUUAGGUUCUUGCUUUGUACUUUUUUCUGAACUUUCCUUGCGCGUAUCUGCCUCAUUUUUAUAUAUUUUUUUCUUUCCAACUGACGAUUCCAGCUCUCGCCACUAAUAUUCAUGUGAAUUAACAUUUCAGAGGAAAUUUAAGAUCAUUUAAGAAAAAAAUAUAUAGGGCUAUAUGAAAUUAGUCACACUUAAUCUAUUAUGUUGAUAGUAUUUUAAUGAAUUUUCGUAGCAUAGUUUGCUGAGGAUCAGUCAUACUGAACACACAGCAUAAAAUUUAAAAUAUUCAUCAGCCAUUGUUUAAAUCAAGGGGAAAGUGUAGACUCUGUCCUGGCUGUUGGGCACAACUGAAGUGUGAUGAUGGUUCACAGCUUGACUUAAAUGUUAAAUUAUCUCUGAUUUCCUCAGAACAGCCUGUACAGUACUGAUGGGAUUGUGCUGUAUCUAUAACAUUGUGUUUGGGAAACUUACGGUUUUAUAGAAUAUGUGCCAGUUAGCGUUUUGCAAGAUGCAGUAUAGGUUAGGGUCCAAAUUAAAUGUUUUACAUUCCAAAAGAUUCAGUCUUCAGUUCUCAGACGUAUCACCAUGCUAACCUUGACGGACGUUAGCAUCUCAGUGUAGUGUCAUGGGCCUUGGUAUAUUCCAUUAUUUGUUUCCUCUCUUAAACUAAGUUGACUAAAAUUCUUUAUUUCUUUUGGCUUCUGCCUUCUCAUGUCUUUAAUCCUUUAUAUUGAAGAUACAGAAUGUGAUUUUUUUUAAACUUUGAAAUGCACACAAAUAAAAUGUAUCUAAUUCAGCCAUUGCACUCAAUGCUAAUGUUGCAGAGGAACUUAAAGGCAUUGUAGAAUAAUUGCUGACAAUGUGAAAUAAUGUGAGGAGACCCAAAUUGAUGAAUGUAGAAAUACUGCUUUUCUCACAUGUUGCCAAGCUUACGUUUGGCUUUUUUUGUGGGUGUCAACAAGUGAUUUAACUUGCCUUCCUACCUUCUUACCUCUACUGGCAACCAUGAAUGGAAAAAUGGGGAUUAAUUUUCACCAACGAUCGGGAUCAAUUCCCUUUCAAAUGAGGAAUUUAGCCAAUGGACUCAAAUUCAAGUAAUUCUUUAAAAAUGCUCAUAGAACAUUAUUGGCAUUUUUUAGUGCAUGAAUUAAGUUUCAAUUCCAUUUGCUAAAUUGAUUGAAUUGAAAUGGAAUUGAUCCCCAAUGUUCCCCCACACCCCCUUUACUGCUACUGUUCCCUCCUGUGACCCCUUGCAGGUUGGCAGCAUCAUUGACCACUGAAAUAUGUAACCACUUUCACUUUCUGUACACAUGGUUAUUCCAGGGUUUGAAUCAGCAGUAGCUGAAGGAAAUGUACACACCCAUAUUAAUGGCCUUUCUUGAUCAAUUAUGAUGCUAUACUUAUUGAUGGUUUUUCUUAAACCAAUUAAGGCAUUGGACAAAAAACUGCAUCUACAUGUGGAAUGUCACAUUUUGCUCAAGUGUCUUAGUGAUGUCAUUGCUGCUAACUUGACUUUGACCGUGAUCCUUGACCUCAGGCUUACUGCAGAGAGAAUCUAAUGUCUGCAGAGAGGAAUGAACCCCCAUAUCUGUGCAGACCACCAUCCCUCAUAUAUUCCCCCAUACUCCCAUAAUUAUUGAGCAGGGUAAUCUGAAGCCACUACGGCCUUUUGACUAUGAAAAUUUUAAUAAAACAAUAUAAGAAUGCUAUAUAUAGAUAUGAACAUAUUUUCCUCAGUUGAAUGAAUAAGGAGUUUUGUCUCUCUCGUGCACUUCCAUCACCAGCAUUAAGACACCACUUGGUCGUGAACUGUUUUGAAACGUAUUUUUGCUCAGUACGCAUACCGUUAAUUCCAAUGUCUUGUCAAUUGCAGUACACAAAAUUUGGUGGUCAUAUUUGUGUCUGCACUUUUGACGUUUAACGUUUUGAAGUUUGGGUUCCUCGUGAAGUUCCUUGUGGAACACGAACGGGAACUUCUAUGUGUUUAAUACCUGUAACACAGGAAGAAGGCAUAACAAAGUGCAUUCUCAGACACGUGCAGCAGUAUUAUUCCAAAUCAGGGGUGGGGGACCCUGUUCCUGGAGGGACAUGUCUUUUUCUCGGUUAUGUUUACGCCAAAUUCACCGGCUCCAUUAGCUAAUUGGCUAACUCUAUACACCAACAUAGGCCACACAUAUAUUAGACCACAAUAACAUGUCUAACAACAACUGUUUGUGUUUAGCAAUCAUGAAAUUAUUAAUAAAUGCCAGAGCACAUAAAUAACUGGGCUAUUCAAUAAGUAAUGUCAGACUCAGAAGUUGUAAAUCCAGAGAUGUACCCCUCCAGGACUGCCAUUCCGCAACCGUUCUAAAUCUUGGUGAAAAAGUGCUUUGACGAGCCAUACUUGCUACCUGUUUCUUAAAACCAUUGGGUAUCGGGAAUCUUCGUCCUGAUAGUACUUGAGUCUCGAAUGGUAGAGGUGAAAUAUUUUAUGGAGCAAUGGUACGCAACCAUGUUUCUGGAUCUUCUGCAUCUUUGAAUUGUAAAAAGCAGUGUACCUUAAGUAACCUGCUUUACCUGAACUGGCAGUCAAAUUUGGAUGGGAGCAAAAACCAUCUCCACCACAGUAAGGCCAGAGCUUCAUACUGGGAAACAAAUAAUAUCAAGAAAUGCAUGUAGGUUUUCCACUGACCGCAUGCUUUGUAAUACACAAUUCCAGAAGUUUCACCUCUUAAUACAUGUACUAAGAAAGUCUGGCCUGUCUUCACAAACUUUAAAAACUUUGUGCUUGUCAUUUUAGUUCUAUGAUGUUAUGGCCUGCAUGUCUUAGUUUCAUGUAUUAUUUGUUUUAUGACAUGAGCAGCUCAGCUUUACCAUCUUUGGGGGUUUUUUUUUUUCUUCCCCCAAUAUUCAACCCCCCUUUGAUACACUACUGGAACAAUCCAGGUCAAAUACAAAAUGUGAUUUCUUACAGUGGAUGUCCUCACUUUAAGACAGGGGCGUCAAACUUGUAGAGGGCCACUGUGUCUGCAGGUAUACGUUUCCUUUCAGUCAGCAACCAAUCAAGGCCUUGAAGGUGUGUGAAUUCUUCAGCCAAUCAAUGACUUUACUGGUGCGAAACACACCAAAAACCAGCAGACACUGACCCACCAGAACUGGAUUCUGACACCCAUGCAUUAAAGGGGCAGUCCAAAAAUGAAAUUGUAAUAGAAUUAAUUGAAUGUAGUGACAAAUUGGAUGAAACAAAAUAAAAUGCCCUCUGUCCAUUACUAGAGGCGGUCUUACACUUUCAACCUAAAACUUCCAGUCAUCAUCUGGAAUGUGAGGGCUUUCUGUAAUCCCCAAAGUACUUCAUUUUCUAGAAAUGCCACUGCAGUCAGAAUGUGUAGUUUUUUUCUCUCUUUAUUUUACUCCUUAUCCGCCAUUUUGGAUUGUUUGGCCGCUAGAAAACCUGAGUGAAGGGAUGAUGGAUGGUACUGAAGUGGAUGUGCCCAGCCUCUGUUCCCUCAACCUCCUGAAGCCCUCUUUCUUUGGCAAUGCCACAGUUUGUUUCUCAGGUUAUGCAAGAAAUCUACCUCUGCAGGUUGUACAUGAGACUAACUGUGAAAGAAGAGGGGAAAAAGUCAACUUAAUCCUUUUAAGAUGAAAAAAAGCUUUUUAUUUUUCAAAAUUUGCCCAUUUUUCCCUUUGAUUGUAAAAUGUUGAUAGUCCUGUCAUGCUUUUCAAUAAAACAUUUUGUAGAAUUUUUCCACAUUA